AAUGACUUCUUGUGUGCUAAGGAUUUUUUUUUUUUUUUUCUCUCUCUCUCUCUCUCUCUCUCUUUUGGUUGGUUUGUUUUCCCAUCUUAGUCUAUUGAACAAAACUUUUCAAUCCGAUGGUUUGCGGUGGCCAACCUCUACCGGUUAAUCUUGACAUGGCCACAUGGGCAGCCUCUUUCAAACCGGUGGCUUACGGUGGCCAACCUCUACCGGUGAAUCUUGGUAUGGGCAGCCUCUUUCGAACCGGUGGCUUACGGUGGCCCACCUCUACCGGUGAAUCUUGGCAUGGGCAGCCUCUUUCAAACCGGUGGCUUACGGUGGCCAACCUCUACCGGUGAAUCUUGGCAUGAGAAGAGGCCAACCUCUACCGGUGAAUCUUGAGGGAGAUUAUAUUAGCGAGACUACGCUCUCAAAUACACUACACUACGCUCUCAAAUUCACAAAUACACUACGCUCCCAAAUACCUAACAAAGACCUAACAUUGAUCACGACCUAAUGGCUCUCGGCGGCGUCGUUGGCAACGACGAUGAUAUUUUGAUUUUAGUUGACUCAGAAUCCUCAAAAGUUCCGGCGGAUAUGUCUGCGGGAACCGAAUUCUACUACGUAAUGAACUUUAUUCGUAGCUAUAACUUUCGAGGCAGAUACAAAAUCCUUCCAGUUGUUGGAAUGGCUACCGGUGAUAGGAUCUCUGCACGGGUACGAAGGGAGUUGCGUAAUUUGGGCAUCCAAUUAAUAGUAGUCGGUUCUUCUGGGAAAGAUGCUGCGGAUACUGUGAUUGCGAAAUAUUUGGCUGGUUGGUAUGAGACACUAGCAAGAGCUGGCAGACGUGGAGUGGUCGUUGUCUUAACUUCCGAUUCUUUUUACAACUUUUGGCUGGAGCAAGUUUAUAACGCCGGUUUCAAAACGCUGAUUAUCUACCAGGCUGGUUCUGCUGGAACUAAGCUUCGAGAUUUGCGCUGCACAGACAAAAUUAAACUGUACAAACUUAUUCAACAUAAUGUCGACCACCUGUUUGAUAUUAAGAAUCAUCCCAAAUUCCCCACUGAUCCUCCUCCUCCUCCACCUCCCCACUUACCUCCCCCCUCAUCUCAUGGACGACGGUUUGGUGGAAAGUCUGUUGGAAGAUCUGGUGGAGCAUCUCAAUCUCGUGGUGGCUCUACUUACAAACCUUUUCAGCGUGGUAAAUAUUACACUCAGGCUGAUUCGAUUUUUCUUCAGCUUCUUAGUGGGAAACCACCUUUUGAUGGAAAUGAUCUCAUCCAGUUAACUGUCGGAGCCUCGUUCCUGUCCCAAACAAUCUCUACCACAGUGAAGUUUGAAAUAUGGGAUACAGCUGGCCAAGAAAGGUAUUCUGCUCUUGCACCACUAUACUAUCGUGGAGAGUAUUGGGUUAAGGAACUGCAAAAGCACGGAAGCCCAGAUAUUGUAAUGGCUUUGGUUGGUAACAAAGCUGAUUUACAUGAAAAAAGAGACGUACCAACCGAGGAUGGGAUGGAGCUUGCAGAGAAGAACGGAAUGUUCUUUAUUGAGACGUCAGCCAAGACAGCAGAUAACAUAAAUCAACUGUUUGAGGAAAUUGGCAAAAGGCUACCUCGUCCUACUCCUCCGUCAUGAUUGAAUCAUCCAUCUCAUCUUCAGGGAAAGCAACAGAAAAAACCUGUUUCUGGACAACUAAUCGUUUCAUACUUUUAAAUGUAAUGUUUUAACAACAAUAUUUCUCUAUCUGUCAAGCGUGUUGUAUAAUGUGAAGAUUUGAGGUUGAAUGAUACUGGGGAAUAUAUUACGAACCUCAAAAGUGGAAGCCCAAGUUAGAUUUAGCAAUGAACCAUCAACACUUAUAAGAGUGGGAUUCUAUGUGAUUCCAUCAGAAGAAGAGAAGAGUAAAGCUUACCUGAAAUUAUCAAUACAUAUAUUAUUGUUAACCAGUUCAAAGAGGACUAGAACAGGUCGAGAGCCAUACAAACGCUCAUUGCACU